AUGGGCAGCACCAAGUCCAAGCCGGCGCCGCCUGCAGAUGGGGUGUGGAAUGCCAAGGCAACGUACUCGGUCCUCGACGAUGAGGAGGUUCCGCCGACAGCCGAGGCGGUGGUGGCAGCGCGGGCGAUGGCGGCGGCGGCGGUGGGUGGCGGAGGCGUCGAGGGCGGUGACGUGGAGCUGGAGCGGGCGGUGGCGGUGCUGAUGGGCGCUGCGGUGGGCGAUGCGCUUGGCGCACCGUUGGAGUUUGCUCCUCUGCAGUAUGGAAAGACGUUUGUGCGCGGUCUGGACGACGAGGAGGUGUGGCGGACGCCCGGCUAUAACCGGUUCAGCUUGCAGCCGGGCCAGUGGACCGACGACACAUCGAUGGCGCUCUGCCUCGCCGACUCGCUGCUAGUUUGUGGACGGCUGGACGCCCGCGAUGUGCGGAGAAGGUUCGGCAUGUGGUGGACGAACGGGCUCAACACCUCGUUCGGCUUCUCGCCGCUUACCGCCGAUCACGGUCGCCGCGCCGUCGGGCUAGGCGGCAACGUCGGCGCUUCACUCCGCGAGUUUGAAGAAAACAACUCGAUGUACACCCAAGCUGGCAACUAUGCCACCUCAGGCAAUGGCUCCAUCAUGCGCAACGCGCCGAUCCCGAUCUUCUUCCACAACACGCCUGACGCCGCGCUCGACGCCGCCUGGGCGCAGAGCAAGACCACCCACCGCGGCGACGAGGCCGGCGACGCUGCGCGGCUGCUCACCCACAUCACACUCGCAGCCAUCAGCCGCGCAAGUGAGCCGGCUUAUGCCACCAUGGGUGAAUGGCUCGACGGAUCGGGCGUGCUCGACGGGUUCGAGGCGUACACGUACUCAGUGGGCCGACUGGCGCGCGGCCUUGCCGAGGAAGCACACCCGUCCAACAGCCAUCUUGAUCUUGCCGAUCGGGAGUGGACCUGGCGCGACGCCGAGUUCCGGUACUGUGCACGCCGGGCCAAGUCGCAGCCGGGCUACAUCGGCUCGUACGCCAUGGACUGCCUCGCGAUGGCGCUCCACUGCGUCCACUCGACGGCCUCGUUUGAGGCCGCGCUGCUCAAAGUUGCCAACCUGCGCGGCGACGCCGACUCGGUCGGCGCUGUCGUCGGCCAGCUGGCUGGCGCCUUUUACGGCCUUGCCGCCAUUCCACCGUCGUGGAUCGAGGCCGUACAGCGUUACGACCGCGGCGGCGACAUUGCCACCAAGGCCGUCCUUCUCUACACUCAUUCUUACGACGGCUCCACGCCCAGUGACCCGCCGCCGGUUGCGCCCAGCCUGCGCGAGGAGCCCGCCACCAGCGGGACAGGCGAGUCCACGUCUCAGGCAACCGCCACCGAUGCCGACUCGAGCGGGUCAUCCAUCGCCGCGCAAUAGAGCCACCAACCACGAGAUAUCUCCCUAUGCCAGCCAGUGGUGAGUCUGACCAUCCUAACCAGCCUACCUA